CUCUCCCUUUUGUGAGCGUCUGUGAAAGAUCCCCGUGAGAGAGAGAGAGAGAGAGAGAGAGGAUGAGCGAGACGAGGCCGGUGCCGAGGAGAGAGAGUCCAUGGGGAGUGCCCGAGGGAGACCAUCGCGAACCCAAAGCCCAUCGCUGCAACGAUCGGGCUGAGGACGUCAUUCAAGCUUGUUUUGAAGGAAAUCCAUUCAAGACAGUUCCAGGACCCUUCAAGCUCUUUUGGCAAUGCAUGCGGUCAAAACCAGGGGAGGAGCCAACCCAGCCGUUCUACUACUUGGACUUGGAGCCCCCAAAGAGGGAGGUUAAACUUGAAUGACGCAACCCCUUUUAGACAAUGAUUGCCUUCUGUUUCAAAUCUGCGCCUCUGUUCUUGUAAUUUCUUGGAUGAAGACAGGUUUUCUAAGUGCGACUGGUUUUUUCAUUCUUUUUUUUUUUUUUUUUGGUGCGUGUGUACUUAUUUACACCAGCUAAUAAAAUGAAUCCUUAACUCGGUUUUCAUUUUUGA